UGUAUUUCUUGCUGUUUUUGUUUGUCAAUAGACCAGAACAAGUUGGAUGAACCUGAAGAGUGAGAUGGAUGGACAGUCUCCAGAUCUGGACCCCAGGACCUCCACCCACAGCUUACCCACCGAUAUGUCUCAACCCAACUUCCCAUACAAUAAGUCUGCUUCGCUGCCAGGAUAUGGGCGGAACGGAAUAUACAAGCAGGUGGCUGAUCUUGGCGAGGAUGAGGGCGAUCAUGACUCAUCCUGGAGUGGAAUGAGAGAGUACAAGGUCUAUCCCUAUGACAUGCUAGCUGUGAGCCACAGAGUCCGAGUAAAACUACCACGGGAUGUGGACCGCACCAGACUGGAGAGGCACCUGUCACCUGAGGACUUCUACAAUGUAUUUGAGAUGACCAUUGAACAGUUUGACCGUUUGGCCUUGUGGAAGAAAAAUGACCUUAAGAAGAAAGCCCGCUUGUUUUAAAUCCCGCUGAAUCGCUUGAAGGAAAGCAAAGAUAAAGAGAAAACCUCUUCUCAUCCAUCCUGUGUGCAUGGAGGAUGAGUGUGAGAGAAAUAUAUAUGCACCUCCGUUCUGCUGCAUAGCUACUGUCAUCUCAUCUCACGCUGAGGAAGAGGGAGCGCUUUCACAACGCUGUUUGCCACCUAGCUUUGUUCGUGAACGCCGCACCACAUGGUCUGAAUGUUACUCUGAUGCCGGAGAGUCGGCACUAAAUUCUCCAUAUUGUUUUUCUCUUUGAUUGUCUUUGAUCUUGCUCCCUCGGCUGUCUUUGUGAUUACUGCAUUGCAUUCUCUCUUUGUGCAAAAAGCACUCAAUAUUGAUAUAAGCCACUUUCUGUACAUUUUAUACAGCUGAGAAACAUGGCCAACAAGCUCUACUUGUACGUCUUUUUGCUAUGUAAUAAUAUCCAUCUUCCCCUGUCCCCUUGUCUUUGUUUUUGACUGCAAUGAAUGUUGUCCAACAUUUUAGUCUUGUCCUCGUCUACUCAUAUUGUGUCUUUCUCUCGUCUCUUCCUGCCUGUUCUUCUUCUUACCUCCUAGACAUGAUACUCAGCCACUGCUUGGACUGUAAUAUCUAUCAUGUAAUAUCAGCUUUAUGGAAGCUCAUUCAUCCAUGGCUUUAGCAUGACCAGGCCAAAGACUCAAUCGGAGCGAGAAGUCAACAAAGCACCUUACACGUGACCUAACCAGACGGGACGCAAUAAAACGAAGAGAAAAAACGUAACCAGCCUCGAUCGUGAGAAGCAAAGUGCAACAGGGCACAACACGACAUCAUGCUGGGUAGCCCCGCCCACUGUGAACUCUCAUUGGUUCCUCAGAACUGUACAACUCAUUGGGUGUGAUUUUGUCACGUCACACAUCAGUUUUCGAACUUGUCAUAUUGCGCCUGGUUAGGACACUACGGUGGCCGAGAAGUGCAAAGCAAAUCACAAUUCUGAAAACAAAAUAACAAAUUAC